GGAGAUGAACGGCUUCAGCACGGAGGAAGACAGCCGCGAAGGGCCCCCCGCCGCCCCCGCCGCCGCCCCGGGCUACGGCCAGAGCUGCUGCCUCAUCGAGGACGGCGAGCGCUGCGUCCGGCCCGCGGGCAACGCCUCCUUCAGCAAGAGGGUGCAGAAGAGCAUCUCGCAGAAGAAACUCAAGCUGGACAUCGACAAGAGCGUGAGGCACCUGUACAUCUGUGAUUUCCACAAAAAUUUCAUUCAGAGCGUCCGAAACAAAAGGAAGCGGAAGACAAGCGACGACGGUGGAGAUUCUCCCGAGCACGACACUGACAUUCCUGAGGUCGACCUGUUCCAGCUGCAGGUGAAUACCCUACGGCGCUACAAGCGGCACUACAAGCUGCAGACCAGACCGGGCUUCAACAAGGCCCAGUUAGCAGAAACUGUCAGCCGACACUUCAGGAAUAUACCUGUGAAUGAAAAAGAGACCCUCGCCUACUUCAUCUACAUGGUGAAGAGUAACAAGAGCAGACUAGACCAGAAGUCCGACAGCGGCAAGCAGCUGGAGUGAGGGGAGGUGUGCCCCAGGAGUGCAGCGCGAUGCCCAGUGCACAGGUGACACCUGCCACAUUUACGCCCAGAAAGACUGUUAAAUUUUAUUGUAAAUAAAAAAAAGUUUGGUGAAUACUGUAAAUCUUUUGGGUCAGGAGAGUAUAUUCUCAUGAUUGAGCAUAUGUAUAGAAAAACAUUGUUUUAAGGUAACUACUGGACUGUAGAAAAACAGGAUCAUAAAAAGAAUUUAAAGCAUACUGCAGCAUUCAGCAAAGCAUGACAGCAGCUCUCUUGGAAACAUGGUCCGAGCUGUCCCUUUGGAGCACCAGGCCACCCCCUGCGUGACAUGGCCCCAAGGGAACGCAGGGUGCAGACCCAGGCCGGGACUUGGCCCACCUGCUGAGGAUCUAGAUGUCCCGCUUUGCUGCAGGCUGUCUGUUAUCAGCAGUUGUGUGACACUGGUCCCCUCACUCACCCCAGGCCGGGCCUUUGAGCACAGUCAGUAUCAGUAUUUGUUGGCUCAUCUCGCUGUCGUGACUGCCGCCAGCCUCCUAGCAUCUGCCUCGCUGUGUUUGUUCCCCUGCAUUCCUGUCCUUCACUGCCUUCCUGCCGGGCGUGCUGGGAGCCCUGAUGCACCAGCGAGGAGACUGCAGGGCAGGUGCGGGUUUCAGGGCAGUUGAACGUGCGAGGCAGUAUUUGCUGAGGUUCUGGAAACAGUGACUGAGAAACCAUCCCAGGAAGUCCUUCACACACCCCUGCAGGCUGUUCUUUGGGGUGAAGUCAUGCAGUGUGACUUAAGCCAUGCUCCUAGGCAGUAAAUGCUUUGACACAUAGAGAUUUAGUGGCUUGGGGCUGGUGUUUUCCAAGUAUUAAUCCUGAGUUCACAACGGCCUGCAGGCCUUGCCGGCCUUGUGGGUCAAACCUAGAAGCCCAGCUGUGGGGAGGCGUCUGGCCAGCCUCAACCCCCUGGGCUCUGCUACGGCAGCAAAUCAUGUGUUUGAGGGACAAAGGUCAGUGCCCCCUGACACUCAUCUUUGUGAAAAAUUUGCCUCCCUUUUAGGGAGAGGGAUGAUGCAGUCCUUUUUAAAGUAUUCAUUAUGAUCUGAUUUCUUUUGUUGUUGUUCAACAAGUCAGAUUCUUCUAAUUCUGAGCCAAAGUACCCUGUGAAAACAAAGCUUUAUAUCCAAAACUACGCUUUUGCAAAAUUCUGUAAUCACGUGUUGGGGGCAGAGGACAUAAGAGGGUGGCAGAAAAAGAAGAAACAGGCCUGGAAGCUGGAGUCUGUCUUGACUGACGUAUGUUACGGUGCAGGGUGUGGUUGUCCUGUUUGGGUUCAAUCCUGAGUCAUUUGUUGAGCCUUAAAUGAUAAAAGAAGCAGCGGGCAGCUCGGCCUCGGAGAGAUUUAAGGCCUCAUAGACGCCUUAUCUGAGCCGCACCUUGGAGGAGGCAGCGCCAGCCCCACCCUGAGCAGGGUGGCAGAGUGUCCAAAAGUCUCCAUUCUGUGACACAGAGCACCCUCUUUGGAAUGGGGACAGGGCCACCGCUGUCACUGAGACGCAGUGUGUUCCAUUGCAGCAAGGCUUCUAUCAGUGUUCAAAAUGCAUGUCUAGCAGAUGGCGGCCUUUUAAAAUGCAUAGGAAUGGGCGGGCGCAGGCAGGGGUCCUGCGUUGAUACCCCUGGCUGUGAGAGGCCCAUCGAGGCUCUCUCUAGCCGUUCCAAUUCGGGUUGUAUUUAGAGACUGCCUCCCUACUUCACAGCUGGUGGAUAUGGACUUGGGCAUCAAGAAGGCUCAGCAGGGGCUGGCAUUGGGGACAGGUGGGACUUCCCAUUCAGGCACCUGCGCUGUAGCAGUGUCUGUGUCGUAAUGAGGAAGAAUGUGUCUCUUCCUGGUAUUUAAACCAAAAUUGCAGGCCUGUGCCUGCACUGCCACGUAACAGCCAGACUUCCUGGUCGGCCGAGAGCAGUAUGCCUCUGAGGGGAGUGGCGUCCGGUGGCGUCCGGUGGCGUCCGCGGCCAUCUGCUCCAGUGUCCGUGAGAAUGCUACUGCUCCAGGCUGAGACCUGGGAGGCGUCUCACCUGCAGCCAGGCGCUGAGCCCCUCGCUGUGUCCUCUCUAAAGAGGGCUGGUUUUGGAAAGGGGAAGUUGUGGGCAUCUUGUCAACUCUUUAAAAUAGAUCAGGGGAGAGAAAAGGCAGAGCUGUUUGAGUUACUUUUCUCACGUCCAGAGGUCUGUACUUUCAUCAGACCACUGAGCUGCUUGCCUUACCGCCUCUGCAGUUUCUGAUGGCUUUCUCCCUGCACAGGAGACUCCGCCUUGAGCAACAGCCAGGCCCCCCAGAGCCACAGCGCCUGGCUGCAGGGAGCAGGGGGCUUUGGGGAAAGCAGGGUUCAUCUUGGCCGCGUGCGUCUUCACAGCACCUGUCCGGGACUCUUGUGCUUCCUCUGCCUGUGACAGCGCAGCUUGGCUUCUGGUCUUUCUGGAAAAAACUGGAGUUUGGAAUCCACAGCUGCCAUUGUCUUCUCCUCAGAUUGUACGAUUCCUGCCUCCAUCCCAGCCUGGCAUGGCUCUUUCCUGUGCCCCACAGGAGGCCACGCAGAAACUACCAUUCAUGUCAUUCUGUCUUAAGACUAAAAACACAAGCAGACAAGCUUCUGAUUCCAAGGAACAAACCCUUAGGUUGGCAGCAGCUUAUGAAAGUGAUCAGAGCUGAAUCUUGCAGAAGAUUUAAAACCAAAGGACUGGAGGCCGGUGUUGUAAACUGAGGAGGCAUUGCACAUGUGCGGCACAGCUGCCGGCUAAGUACUCCCUGCUCACCUCUCAGAAACUAUAUCGAUAAUGCUUGCAGCUAACCUUGGCACUUGGGCUGUUAUUUUGUGGGGACUUUUUUGUUGCUGUCCUGCAGGGCAGCUGCCUGGUGCAAAGGCCAGGAGGGGAGGACUUUGCACAGGACUUUGCCUAUUGAAAACGGGGGUCCCAGUGUGAGAGCAGGAAAGGGCUUCAUGGAAAUCAUCCAGGAGCUCAGUCAUUGCAAUGACAAGACCCAAAGAUUGGAAAGGGCCUUGGACUCACCCAGUGCAGUGUCCCCACAGGUGCUGACCUCCUACAGCGGCCUCCCCCAGGGAGCAGCCUGGGCUCACACAUCUUUAAGGACAGAGAACUCACUACCUCCCGGAGAAGCCUGUUCUCUCUCUGUAAACCUCUGGCUUUUCUACAUUCUCUGUAAUUGCCAUCUUUGUCUCUGCCAUAUGGAGAAAGCUUUUCAUCUCGGCAAGGGACUCAAGUCCUGGCUCUGUCCCAUGGCAUUGCAUUGCAUUAUCGUCUCCAGAAAGGAGCAACUAGGAACACAGACAUUGUGUUGCCCCGGCUGUCUGUCCUUCUCCCAGAGCUGACCCUGCUGAGCUCUUUGUGGGGAGUUUUGAGACAACACCGUCAGCCAGGUUUCUCCCAGCAUGUUCUUGCAAAAGCUAUUGAAGUACUGGGGCAGCAGGCUGCUAAAAAUCACUUAAGACAGCAGAGGCCUUAGUUCUGCAUGUCCCCCACAAAAGCUAAUGCUCAUAACAUGGCGCGGGAAAAGCUUCAGCUAGAUUUGAAGAUGAUGUUGUUACUUGGCAUGGAGUUUAAAGGUUCAGUGGUUGUCAGAAGCUUCGCCUUAGAUUCUCAUAAGGACUUCACACUCCGUUUAUGCUGAGAAAACAAAGCUUGAGGGUGGGGGAGUGGGGCGCUUUGUGUCUCAGUGUCAGAAGUGCUAGGUUUUCAAGCCGGGAAGUCCUUCCAGGCUGUCGUGUCCCGUCUUCCAUUCUGAGAAAGUGAGGAAGUAGAGUUCAACAGGGUUCAUCUGAGGUCCCACGCCACUCGGGGGCCUGGCCUCAGCCCCCUUGGCCAGCCCAGCUCGCUCCUCUCUCCUCUGCAGGUUGACCCAGGCAGUCUAAGGUAAGCGGUCCUUGGAUUCUUGAGAACUCUUGAGGGAAGAGUCCUCAGAGUCACCGUGGCUGGGUUUUGCAGAAUGAAUGGCAGGAAAACACAGAAGUGGCCCACAGGUUCAGGUCAGGGUUCAGAGGCCCAGGAGGAGGUGUGGUGGUGCCCUGGUGUCAUGCAGCGGGCUUGGUGUGAGGUCUUGUGGCCCGACCUCUGCCGCCUAGGCAGAACUCAGGUUGGGAUUCCCAGUCCAUCACUGAGCUCGGCAGUGGAGCUGAAGGGCGGUGAGCUCAAGACCCUGCCCUGGGGAGUAUGGUGCUUCAGGGGUGCCUUCUUGCUCCCUUCACUGUAUGGCAGACUGUUUCCAAGUCCGUGGUUAGGCAGGAUCAUGUUGUUCGCACACUUUGAGGCGGAAUCCAGAGUGGCUAAAGGGGACCUCUUCUUGGGGCAGAAAUGUCUACAGUUAGUUGUUUUCUAUAGCUCGCAUCUCAACACAAACCCUUCAGUUGCUUUCGUGUAAUUAGCACACUCGCUGAUGAGAGGGGGUGCCCAUGCCCCCCUUUCACAUCUCUGCUGUCUGUUACGCUCGUCAGAGUGUAUCUUGGGGUUUGGGGUUCGGGGAGUUUUCCUUGUCCAUUUUGUAACUGCCUUAUUGAAAAGUAAGUGCCCUUCCAUUCCAGGCCUCCUCAUAUUGUACUCAUUUCCUGCCAAAUUUGGGAUCCUUUGUAUUUUAAUUUUGUAAUCUACGGCUCUGUACUGUUGAAAGGCUCUCAAUUCUUUGGAGUCUCCUUAGUAUGUAUGUGUGACUUUUCAUUUGCAAUAUCACACAGAUGGGACGGCCAGACUUUUGCUCUCAAUAAAUGAACUGAAUGAGUAAAAGACAA